GUUUUGACGUGUAUAGUUUGCAAAUAAAUGAUAAAACAGAAUGGCAUUCUUGUGUCCUGUAAGGAUUCGAAGAGGAAAGAAAAAGAAAUCUUUAAAUAAUGACGUCGAGAAGGAGUUGAAUAGGCCUUCAAAUGGAUUAAGUCCAGGUAUUGGACGGAUAACUGGAUCUUCUAGUGUAGAAACUUUAGUGCGAGUAGGAAUCGAGAAGGAACAUGGUUUAAGUCCCGAUUCUAAAAUGGUUGUUCUUCACAAUUUUACACCUUGUGUAGAUGAUGAGUUAGAAGUACAAAGGGGACAAAUUGUUAAUGUUUUAUACCGAGAGAAUGACUGGGUUUAUGUUAUUGGUCAUGAUUCUCAACAGGAAGGCUUUAUACCACAUUCAUAUUGUGCCCCAUAUAGCAAUCAAAUUGCUGAUUUAGCUGUCAAGAAAAAGUUACCAAGAGAUUCUUCGGUUGAUCCUUUGGCCUCUGAUUUUUCAAUGGAAGGAUUAAAUGACACAUCUGAAGAAAUGGGCGACAAUAUAGUGGGUUUGCAAAGUUCAUAUUCACGGGCUAGUUUAGCUUCAGAACCAGACUUUGUUCCAUUCAGUAAGGAUCCUUCUGGCCGUUUUAUAGUUUUGUACACAUUUAUUGCUCGAGAUGAAAAUGAUGUGUCUGUGGAAAGAGGUGAAUUUGUUACUGUAUUAAACAGAGAAGAUCCGGAUUGGUUUUGGAUUGUGAGAAGUGAUGGACAGGAGGGUUUCAUACCAUCUGGAUUUGUUUAUCCGGCUGAUAUUAUUCAAGGACAUAUAAAUGUUGUUGACAAUCAACAAAUAUCUUGCAAUACUGAUAAUGCCAUUGUGCAACAAAUAACUAAUCUCAAUAGUGAUGACUUGAGAUAUCAUGGAACAGAACUUGUCAUGCUUUACGAUUACAAGGCUCAAGCUCCUGAUGACUUAUCUGUUAGACGUGGAGAUUGGAUAUAUGCUGAUCUUAAUAAUCAAACUGUCGAUGGUUGGCUUUGGGCAUUUGCCCCAAAAACAAGAAAAUAUGGCUUUAUUCCUAAAGCAUAUGCACGACAUCCUGCUAUGACAAGUUUAUAACUACAAGACUGCUUUUUAUGUGUAUAUA